AUGGACAAAGGCUGGUGUUACUUCUCCCGCUCCAGGUGCACAAAGAAGCUCCAAAGAACUGUCUCAUAUUUUACCUGUGUGUCCUGCAACAACACAACCGCUGUUGGUGUGCUCCGGUACCGUGUGGAGGUGAGCGUUGCUGCUGACACGGAUGAGGGUCUAUUUGUGGCUUUCAAUGGAAGUAUGAGGAAACUACAUAACAUACGCGCCUAUGAAACUGGUCAUCUACUGGUACGUAGUAGCAUCAUUCACUUGGUUUCAGAUCUUAUGUCAAAUGUCUUUAAACCAUAUGCUGGAGAGUGA